UGGUCAUCAUUUGAUACUCCUGAAGAAAGCAAUCAUGUUCUCUCUGGUUUGCUUAACCCUGCUCGUGGUAAGUGCUUCGGCAUACCCGCAGCUACACGGCAGUACAGUCGUUAACUCUGAUAAAAGUUCAGCAAUAAACGCCCGACUGCCAAUAACUGGUGACGAUAAGAAUAUGCUGAGCGCUGUUGGAGGACUGAACUUCGAUAGGAACAAGCACCUACAAGCUGCUACCGCUGGUCUCGCUUAUGAUAAUGCCCGCGGCCACGGACUCUCACUAACCGACACUCACAUUCCGAACUUCGGUGACAAGCUGACAGCUGCUGGACAUGCGAAUCUGUUCCACAAUGAUAACCAUGAUGUGACUGCCAACGCCUUUGUCACCCGCAACAUGCCUUCCAUACCUCAGGUGCCGAACUUCAACACUGUUGGCGGUGGUCUUGACUAUAUGUACAAGAAUAGAGUGGGAGCUUCACUAGGGGUAGCCCGCACUCCCUUAUUUGAUCGUACGGAUUACUCAGCCACUGGCAAUCUCAACCUGUUCCGCGAUAGAUCCAGUUCUCUGGACUUCAACGCUGGGUUCAGCAAGUCUGUGUCACCCUUUAUGAGGAGUUCGUCUUGGGAGCCAUCCGCUGGUCUUACUUUUAGAAAGUAUUUUUAAAUUUUUGAGUUUUCAUUGUCAAAGAGCAUUUGAAAAAGUUUCUUUUCAGUUUUGUGAUUAAUAUUUUACUACUUUUAAACUAUACAUUCAUUUAUAAAUAGUUAUGUCAUUUGCUUAAGCUUAGUUCUCAUCUCUUCAAUUUUAAGAUGUAAAAUGUGAAACCAAAGUAUUAAUUAGGUAUUUGUAAGUUUGCAUCUUGUGCUAUAUAUUUUAGGAGUAAGUAAAACUUUUGUCAUUUCAUUAUUGUUCAUUUAAAAGACAGAAUAAAAUAAAAUAUAACUAA